CCGAGCAAACGAAGAUGGCGGCCGUCGUAGAGAGACUCGAUGGAGGCCUCGUCUGUUCCCAGGAUUCCGACUCGUCGUCACCGCGGCUCUCCAGCAGCCCGCCGCCGGACCACCAGCACCAGAACAACCCCUUGCUGGGGCUCCCCAUCGUGGCCAUCGAGACCGUCCUGAACUUCAUGUCCUACGACGAGAUCAGCCUGCUCCGCGCGGUGUCCAGGCGCAUGGACAUUAUAUGUCAGCGUAUCCUCAACCAGGGCUUCCUGCGUGUGGAGCGCUACCACAGCCUCUGCCAGCGUCAGGUGAAGGCCCAGCUGCCCAGGCGAGAGUCCGAGCGGAGGAACCACUCGCUGGCUCGCCACGCCGACAUCCUGGCUGCCGUGGAAACACGGCUGUCGCUGCUCAACAUGACCUUCAUGAAGUACGUGGACUCCAACCUGUGCUGCUUCAUCCCCGGCAAGGUGAUCGAUGAGAUCUACCGCGUGCUGCGCUACGUGAACUCGACGCGCGCGCCCCAGCGGGCCCACGAGGUCCUGCAGGAGCUGCGCGACAUCUCCUCCAUGGCCAUGGAGUACUUUGACGAGAAGAUCGUCCCCAUCCUGAAGAAGCGUCUGCCCGGAGCGGACCUCUCGGGCCGCCUCAUGGGCUCUGCUCCAGGUAACGGACACGAGCUUGAGCGCGUUAGAAAGGCCAAAGUGGCCGGCUCCUCCACCUCCCUCACCACCAUGUCGCUGCUGGCCAAGAACACGCCGUCGCGCUCGGAGAUGACCAAGGUGCAGCAGCAGGUGAAGGUGAACGGCGCCUCCAUGACGGCGCUGCGGCGCGAGGUGCAGGAGGUGCGCGUCAAGCAGCUGGAGCAGCAGAAGCAGCUGCAGGACCAGGAGCAGAAGCUGCUGGAGCAGACGCAGGUCAUCGGCGAGCAGAACGCCCGCCUGGCCGAGCUGGAGCACAAGCUCCGGGAACUGAUGGACAACGGCGCCGGCGUGGCGUCCCGGUCGGGGGGGAAGCCCGGCGGCUCGGUGGCCGUGGCCUCCACGUCGGCCGCCGCCUCCUCUUCCUCCCUCGCCGGCGGUGGCGGCGGCCCGCACGUGUCCUCCGGCGUUGCCGCGGGUGCCGUGGCGUCAAACGGGCCGGCGGCGGCCAGCUUGUUGGGCCAGGAGGGGGCGGGCCAGGGCGGGGGGGCGCUGAAGCGCAGCAGGAAGGGCGCCGACCUCCCACGCCACUCCAAGCGCCUGCGCAGCAAGAAAUGAGCGGACGCUGCACGCCAUUUUAGAGCUUUCUUUUUUCCGUCGUGUUCUGUGUUUUUAUUUUAUUUUGAGGGGGUGAAUGGAUUGCACCCGAAAAAGAGAAGAAGUACCCCUUCAUGUCCGUAACCCUCGCCGCCCCCUGCUGUUUGUUCCUGAGAAGAGGCUCUGGGUUUCUCCCCCCCCCCAUAUGCUUUAAACGUGUCAACAUCUCCCAGCUUUGGGCCUCCAGCGGCCUCCUCACCACCAGCAUGUCUCUGGCCGUGCCGGGCCGGUCGUUCUGAGGCUGAACCAUGGAGCCUUUAAAGCUCUCCAGGAUCUGACGGCCUUGAGGGCCCGCAAGCUUUCAAUGUGUUUUUAAAUCACUCCUUCGUGAGAGGAGAGUUCCGUGAUCAUGAGUACAGGGUCGCUAUUAUUAUUUUUUUCAAAGGCUUCUUUGUGUUUUACCAUCGUAACUAAAUAAUGAAGAUGUCGGAGAAUGAACUGUGAUCACAAUCGAAAAUGCCCAUUGCGGUUCAUUUCAACUGUUGGGUUGCCCUUUGAGAGAAAUGUUUGUUGGUCGACCGUCUGGUCAACAUACCCAUGCUGGUGCAUCAAACAGAGCAACAUUUGACACCCUUGUCAGUCAUUUGGGGAAAUACUGACCCAACACACACUUGCAUAAAUGCUGGCAAAUGUUAGCAGUCAAGAGAAUUCAUGACCUGAAAAUAUCGAAACAAGGCUGUGAUUAUUUCACAUAAAAACGUGUCCUUAAUCUAGAGUGCAAUAUAUUUCUUUCCUUAUUAUUAAUUAAGGACCCGUCAAGCCCCUCCAAAAACCGACAGGUAGACACCUGCUCAUAAUCUGGCAACCUGGUACCUCUCAGCACCACUCUCCUGUUCAACGUUGUUAAUCUGCGUCUGUUUCAACCCACUGUGCCUACACACACACACACACCUUCUCAGUUGGUUAAGAGUGCGGGGUUGGGGUCCGCUGAUGGUGUUUGGCAUCUGUAUGUAUACAUGAUGGGAAGUCGACACUACAUACGAUGUAGUGCUACAGAGAUGCAUGUGGAAUCGGUCUAAAGAUCGCUCUCCCCCGAUCAGCGAAUCCAAGAUGAUUUGUGUGUAAUGCUAACCCGUAUUUAAUCAUGAUUGGCAGGCUUUCAGCGACGGGCGUCUGUAAAGUUUUGUUUUUUAAAUGUCUGUUCAAACUUGGAAGGAGGUUGUUCACAAUCAACUACUUUGACGUGUUUAACCCAAGAGUUGAGUAAACCAACACUAAACUACGGCUUGCUGCGUGCUUCACCUGAUAAGUGGGAUUUUGUCAGGUGACGUCAGAUGUGAUCUUCUGUGUUACUGACUGACUUCACCUGCAAAUCACCGGGGCCACUAAAAGGGAAGUACCUUGAUUCACACUGUAGGGGGUGCUGUUCCUGCAGUUAGGUUUCCACAUUGUAAUUAACUUCCUUGCGCUCAUUCUUGCUAAGCGAAUCCACUUGAGCCUAUUCUCUUUCCUUGUGAAGUCAGCUGAGCCCAUAUCGCAACGGGAACAUAGUCAUGUCUUGUUUUGACCCUCUUUGUUUAUCUGAUGAUCUGAGUCAGUCAUGGAAGAAAUGUAUCCUGGGUAAUGCAGUCCACACAACGGUGGACACAAGUGUGAUUAAUCUUUAAUCCGGGCACACACUGGGCAGGGAGAACAUGUUAACUAGUGGCUUAAUUUGAGACUGCGUCUCAGUUUAGAGAAUUUACUGUACUGUAAAGUUCAUGUACUUCAAAGUGUAGGUUGUGAAUUAUUUCAUGUGUGUAUACCAAGAAAAAAAAAAGUUUGAGAUAGCCAGACUGGCUAACUAGGGUUUGUUGUGCACAUGACUGUGACAGAUGUACAAACCUAUUAAAAUCCUAGUUAACAUUUGGCUAGACGUGUCUGAACUAGUACAAACUCGGUGUGUAUCUUUUUGCAAAGAAUGUGUCGAAUGAAUGCAGAUAUUUAAUGUAUGUAGUGAUUCAGUUGUGUUGGUAAAUUAGUGUCAGUACACUGAUCUGACAAUGAGGCUAUAAUGUUAAAUAGUUUGUCCAAAACCUUUAAUGCGGGAAAACAAAUAAACCAUAACUUUUGGUUGGAAUUACAAACUAUCAGCCGUGAUCCAUUUUCAUACAUCCAUGAAAAUAUCCAUGGCUUUUUCAAACCCACCGUGAUUGGCCGGAAAGAGAUUUAAGACUAAACAAGUCAACUAAGCUUGACAAUGACUUUUUUAGAAUGUUAAACUAAGAGUCUGUGGAAACUCCGCUGCCAACUAGUUUGAUACUUCAGUCUUUCUGUGGGUCGGGGUGCAGUUAAAGACCGAGCCACCAGAGGGCGCAGUGAGCCUCUGCCUAUAAAGGGACGGAACGGAGGGAACAUAAUAAAGUAUCACUGGAUUCUUGGAGGAUGUCGAGCCAACCUUAAUUUGCAGCAAUUUGUUUAACUGAUUUAACAUGUGUGCGAUAAUCUGCCCGUUUCUGGAUUCAUGCCAUUGGUUUCAAUGUUGACAUUUCUUCAAUUCGAAAGCAUGUAGGUAUUACCUUUGUGAUGACGUUAAACAAAUAGUAUAUACGAAGGCCACAGAACGGGUCGGUUCAUGUGUUCAUCCACAGCACCUCGGGCCCGAACACCACGGGGACCCGAAUCUUCAAGGGCCCGUAGCCUAAUUGAUUUUAAUUAAUCCUCCCGGAGCUGGAUUUGUUUUAAGUAGGCCUAUAAUAUUGCUGGGUGAGUCCAAUUCCUCGACUGAAAAGGGUGGAAAGUGGUAACUACUCUGCUAGUUAGCGAUCUAUCUCUUCUCUACAUGUAGUUGUGUGGAGUGAAUGCUGUUGAGGGAGGUAGCCUAUUUGAUUGAUUCGCUGAAUUGUCCAAUCAUGUGGUGAUAACAAAAAAGAAAAGCGAUACCAUUGGCCUUGGGCGCACACUGGUGCGACCCGAGGGCGAAUUUUCUUGCGCCAAUGAAAAGCUGUCUGCUUGAUAAACGGCAAAAAGUUAGCAAGCUUACGUUGACUUCAACUGGCCGGCGUCCCUGACUUGAAAGAGGGCUUUAUUUCGAAUAACCCAAUAACUAGCCUAGCCCAAAUCAUCGACGUUCAGACGCAUUUAAAUGGUGGACGGCUGUAUUUUUGUUGAUUUAUUUCGUAUUGAUAAUAGUUGAUUAAUAGUUGGCAGAUAUAUUCAAGUGAAUAUUUCACGGAGGGGCGGCGCCGUAGCGCCCUCUAUUCACCCAUCGCCACUGGAGCUGACUACAUGUUGAAGCUGUCGGCGAUGCACUGGUUCAUACAAGGCACUCACUUUGAUAAUGUCCCUUGGUGCACUGGCCUCUCCAGGAUCCCACACGCACGAGUCUAGACUAGAGCGAUUCCCACCCGAGGGUGUCCGGAAUAGCAAUCGAGUCCCAGCAAAAUACAAAAAGGAAGUUAUAAAGAAAAUACUUUGUUGUAUGGGCUAUUAUUAUUUAUUUUUGCCAUGAUGAUUGCCUUUAGCUUUAUUUAUUAAUACAUAUUGAAG